GCAUCAAGUAGCCAUUGCUCCGAGAUGUUUCUCGAACAACUGUCAAGUGGAGUGCAGUGAGGAAGUUCCUCUUUUCUUCUUUCGGCCGAACAACAAACAUCUAAAUUCCCGUGUGCUCAAGAAACUGUUCAGAAUUUCCCGAAAGCAUCACACCAGUGUGCCAAAUUCCUAGUGGCUUGUUUUCCGCCGAAAAAAAAAAUCCCCCUCAACCGACCGAACCGUGUUGCACUGCCACCGCCCGUUGUUCGAGUGUCGGCGCAUCAUAUCGCAACGAAAUGCCGUCAACGUCAUGCUGGUGCCAGCCACGCACAUGCCCCGGAAUUCUUCGUCGCGUGCCAGCCUUCACAGUGCAGGCCUGCCAGCGCUGUGUAGUGGUCUGGCCGCCCUGCCCCAUGCCGGUGUUCUGCAUCCGGCCGGCGCGCGUAUCGCGCUUCCGUGGGUUUUUCCUGCGCGGCGACAUACCGAUCUCGCGCGAGUGCGGAACGCGCUGUGUGAAACACUUCAUCAAGUGGCACACACCGCCGGAACAGCUCAACUAUCAGCGCUUUCUGCCACUGUUUUUCGAUGGGUUGUGCGAGUCGACAUUUCCGUACCGGGAGUUUGCACGCCACGGGGUGAGCGAUCUGCUGAUAGCCGGGACCGAACGACAGAUAUUUCAAACCAUCCCCAUGCUGAUACUACCAAUGCGCGAGGCGUUGAACACGAGAAAUCCGGACAUUAUAAUUGCAACAUUAAACGCGUUACAGCAGCUGCUGCGUGUCGGACCAUCGAUCGGAAUCGCUCUGGUGCCGUACUAUCGACAGCUGCUGCCAAUGCUGAAUCUGUACAAGCAGCGGCGCGUUAACAUUGGCGAUCAUAUAGACUUUCGUGGCGGUCGACGGAUUGGCGAUGUGGUGAAUGCUACACUCGAGCUACUGGAACAGUGCGGCGGGCCCGAUGCGUAUCUCAAUAUUAAGUACAUGGUGCCGACGUACGAAAGCUGUGUCUACAAUCGCUCGAACGGUUGCAAAACAUGUGUGUACAAAUAUAAAAUUGCAACAUGACCAGCUAGCAACAUAUCAUGCGAAAGAAAU